CUCGGCCCCUUCCUCUAAGCUUUCCUCCUCCCCCGCGCUUCCCUCCCGGCCGCCCCCUCCUCCUCCUCUUUUUCUCCCCUCCUCGCGCCCCCGGGCCCGUGCUCUGAGCGCGCCACACGGAGCCUGACUCUGCCCGGGGCUUCUUUGUGCGGCGCGGCCGGGAUCGAGGAGUCGCCGGGAGAGCGAGAGGGAGGGCGGUGGCCCGCGUCCGUCCCGCCGCCGCCGCAGGCAGUCCCGCCGCAGCCCCCGGCCCGAGCGGGAGGGCGCCGCACCAGCGGCACGGCCGCGCGCGCUCGGGUAGUUGAUGCCGGCUGUCCGUGUCUCUCAGCAGCAUGGCGGACUACCUGAUCAGCGGCGGCACCGGCUACGUGCCCGAGGACGGGCUCACGGCGCAGCAGCUCUUCGCCAUCGCCGACGGCCUCACCUACAAUGAUUUCCUGAUCCUGCCAGGAUUCAUCGACUUCACAGCGGAUGAGGUGGAUUUGACUUCAGCUCUAACUCGGAAAAUCACUCUGAAGACACCGUUGAUCUCAUCUCCUAUGGACACUGUAACUGAAGCUGAUAUGGCCAUUGCAAUGGCUUUGAUGGGUGGCAUUGGUUUCAUCCACCAUAACUGUACCCCUGAGUUCCAGGCCAAUGAGGUGCGCAAGGUCAAGAAAUUUGAACAGGGCUUUAUCACAGAUCCCGUUGUUUUGAGCCCUUCACACACAGUGGGAGACGUGCUAGAGGCCAAGAUGCGGCAUGGUUUCUCGGGCAUACCCAUAACCGAGACAGGCACCAUGGGCAGCAAGCUGGUUGGCAUUGUUACUUCCCGUGACAUAGACUUCCUCGCCGAGAAGGACCACUCGACCUACCUCAGUGAGGUGAUGACAAGUCGGAAUGACUUGGUGGUGGCACCAGCGGGUGUGACAUUGAAGGAAGCCAAUGAGAUCCUGCAGCGCAGCAAGAAAGGAAAGCUGCCUAUUGUGAAUGACCGUGAUGAAUUGAUAGCCAUCAUCGCCCGGACUGACCUGAAGAAAAACCGGGAUUAUCCCCUGGCCUCCAAAGAUGCCCACAAGCAGUUGCUCUGUGGAGCCGCUGUGGGCACCCGCGAAGAUGACAAAUACCGACUGGACUUGCUCACACAGGCGGGUGCUGAUGUCAUUGUGCUGGACUCAUCUCAAGGGAAUUCAGUGUAUCAGAUUGCUAUGGUGCACUACAUCAAGCAUAAGUACCCCCAGCUGCAGGUGAUUGGUGGGAAUGUGGUGACAGCAGCACAGGCCAAGAACCUGAUUGAUGCAGGUGUGGACGGGCUUCGAGUGGGCAUGGGCUGUGGCUCCAUCUGUAUCACCCAGGAAGUGAUGGCAUGUGGCCGGCCCCAGGGCACCGCUGUGUACAAGGUGGCUGAAUACGCCCGUCGCUUUGGAGUCCCUGUCAUUGCUGAUGGUGGGAUCCAGACAGUGGGGCAUGUGGUCAAGGCCCUGGCCCUCGGAGCCUCUACAGUGAUGAUGGGCUCCCUGCUGGCUGCCACCACAGAAGCCCCAGGGGAGUACUUCUUCUCCGAUGGCGUGCGGCUCAAGAAGUACAGGGGCAUGGGCUCUCUGGAUGCCAUGGAGAAGAGCAGCAGCAGCCAGAAGAGAUACUUCAGUGAGGGGGACAAGGUGAAGGUUGCACAGGGUGUCUCGGGCUCCAUUCAAGACAAAGGCUCCAUCCAGAAGUUUGUACCCUACCUCAUCGCUGGCAUCCAGCACGGCUGCCAGGAUAUCGGUGCCCGGAGUCUCUCUGUCCUGCGAUCCAUGAUGUAUUCUGGAGAGCUUAAGUUUGAGAAGCGGACGAUGUCGGCCCAGAUCGAAGGCGGCGUCCAUGGCCUCCAUUCCUAUACCUUUCUGCCAUUUACGAGAAGCGGCUGUACUGAGGACGGCGGCGGUGGCCGAGGAGGGGGUGGAGGAGUCCCCCGUGGGGCCCCCUCAGGCACCGCCUCCCUCCGUAACUGAGAGGCCCCCAUGGAUUUGCACUACGGGAUCCCGGGAGGGGAGCAGGGAGCUGGAGUUGGCCCCUUAGGAGGCUGUGGUCUCUCCCCCUCACCCCUCACCCCACCCCUUCCCCUCGAGCCAGGACUGCUCUCUCUAGGGGCCUCCUCCUAGGAGCCGCUCACGCCUCAGGCCCCUGUGAGCCCAGUAGCCUGGUUGUCCAGGCCUUGCGCCUGCCUCAGGUCUCUCUUGCUGCACCCUGCUCCUGUUCUCUAAAUGUGGGCUGUUCUGAGGCCCCGGCUCUGAGGUGGGUACGGUGUCGGCUCCCGGGAAGGCCCUUCCCCCAGCAUUCCUAGCUUCUUGUCCUGUAGGGUGCUUCCCACCCCCUCGCCCCACAGCGAAUGGUGCUCUCCUUGGCCCUGCCUCCCCCUUCCCACCUCUGUCCAGCUGCAGUCCACUUCCUCAGACGGUGGGCCUCCAGCCCAAGGAGACUUACUUCUUUGCUCCUCUACGCCCCCUCCUCGCCCCACCAGCCAGAGGGAGGUCUCUGCCCCCUUCCCCUGGUCCCUCCAGCUGCCCACAGGGACUCGGUCUUCAGACCGAGACUUCAGACCGAGGCAGAGACUGCCGAGCGGGAAGGCACCCUGUUCAGUCUCAUUCCCUUGCUGCUCCAGCCCAUAGCCCCUUCUCCAUCCCCAGCCACGGCUGAAGGCUUUGACUUUGCACACUUUGGGGCCACGGUUGUGUUGUUGUGUAUUAAAUAAGCUGAAUAAAGCAAGCGGGUC